AGGCGGAGGAGGAGGAGGAGGCCGGGCUCGGGAGGCAGCAUGAGCCGAGCGCGGCGGCCGCAGCUCCUCUCGGCUGCGCUCGUUGCCCAUUGACAGCGGCGUCUGCAGCUCGCUUCAAGAUGGCCGCUUGGCUCACAUUCAUUUUCUGCUGAACGACUUUUAACUUUCAUUGUCUUUUCCGCCCGCUUCGAUCGCCUCUCGCCGGCUGCUUUUUCCGGGGCAUUUUAUCAAGCAGAAAUGCAUCGAACAACCAGAAUCAAGAUCACGGAGCUAAAUCCCCACCUCAUGUGUGUGCUCUGUGGAGGGUACUUCAUUGAUGCCACGACCAUAAUAGAAUGUCUACAUUCCUUCUGUAAAACAUGUAUUGUGCGUUACUUGGAGACCAGCAAAUAUUGUCCUAUCUGUGAUGUCCAAGUUCACAAAACCAGACCACUACUGAAUAUAAGAUCAGAUAAAACUCUCCAAGAUAUUGUAUACAAAUUAGUUCCAGGGCUUUUCAAAAAUGAAAUGAAGAGAAGAAGGGAUUUUUAUGCAGCCCAUCCUUCAGCAGAUGCUGCCAAUGGCUCUAAUGAAGAUAGAGGAGAAGUUGCAGAUGAAGAUAAGAGAAUUAUAACUGAUGAUGAGAUAAUAAGCUUAUCCAUUGAAUUCUUUGACCAGAACAGAUUGGAUCGGAAAGUAAACAAAGACAAGGAGAAAGCUAAGGAGGAGGUGAAUGAUAAAAGAUAUUUACGUUGCCCAGCAGCAAUGACUGUGAUGCACCUAAGAAAGUUUCUCAGAAGUAAAAUGGACAUACCUAACACUUUCCAGAUUGAUGUCAUGUAUGAAGAAGAACCUUUAAAGGAUUACUAUACACUAAUGGAUAUUGCUUACAUUUAUACCUGGAGAAGGAAUGGUCCGCUUCCUUUGAAAUACAGAGUUCGACCUACUUGUAAAAGAAUGAAGAUGAGUCACCAGAGAGAUGGACUGACAAAUGCUGGAGAACUGGAAAGUGACUCUGGGAGUGACAAGGCCAACAGCCCCGCAGGAGGGGCCCCCUCCACCUCUUCCUGUCUGCCUAGCCCCAGCACUCCCGUUCAGUCUCCUCAUCCUCAGUUCCCUCACAUCUCCAGCACUAUGAAUGGAACCAGCAGCAGCCCCAGCGGUAACCACCAAUCUUCCUUUGCCAAUAGACCUCGAAAAUCGUCAGUAAAUGGGUCGUCAGCAACUUCAUCUGGUUGAUACUCAAGACUUCUUAAGGAAAAAAAAUUUUAAAUCCCCGAUUUAUAUAGAUAUCUUCAUGCCAUUACAGCUUUAGAGAUGCUAAUACAUGUGACUGUCGUCCAAUUUGCUUUCUUUUGUAGUGACUUUAAAUUUGGCUAUAAAAGAUGGACUAGAUGUGAUACUCAUAUGGACGUUAAUGGAAAAGAUUGUUCCUCUAAAGAGAAUUGGUUUCUGAGAAGGCAGGCAAGAUGUUUUUCUGUGUGUUAGGCAAGAUGUGAAAUGGUUUUUGUAACCAUGGUUCAGAUUUGAAAAAUUAUGCAGUGGAUAUAAACAUUGGGCCAUAGUUUGUUAAUCUCAACUAACGCCUACAUUACAUUCUCCUUGAUUGUUCUUGUUAUUAUGCUGUUUUGUGAACCUGUAGAAAACAAGUGCUUUUUAUCUUGAAAUUCAACAAACGGAAAGAAUAUGCAUAGAAUAAUGCAUUCUAUGUAGCCAUGUCACUGUGAAUAACGACUUCUUGCAUAUUUAGCCAUUUUGAUUCCUGUUUGAUUUUUACUUCUCUGUUGUUACACAAAACCGAUCAAAGGAAAGUAAACUUCAGUUUUACAAUCUGUAUGCCUAAAAGCGGGUACUACCGUUUAUUUUACUGACUUGAUUAAAUGAUUCGCUUUUGUAAGAAUCAGAUGGCAUUAUGCUUGUUGUACAAUGCCAUAUUGGUAUAUGACAUAACAGGAAACAGUAUUGUAUGAUAUAUUUAUAAAUACUAUAAAGAAAAUAUUGUGUUUCAUGCAUUCAGAAAUGGUUGUUAAAUUCUCCCAACUGGUUCGACCUUUGCAGAUACCCUAUGUUUAAGCCUUAUCAGCAUAGAACAUUUUUAAUGUGGAUUUCUAAUUCUAAAUUCUAUUCCAUUGGAAGCAAUUGGCAAAUCAUAAUACUGAUUUUCUCUAGUAAUACAUGUUUACUUUUAAAAUUGUUGCAGUAAAGAAAAAUUUUUAACUAAAGACUUUGGAAACAGUGUCUUCAUUUCCUAUUGCCUUUGAUGGAAUGAAUGUGUUUUUAAAAUGCAUAUUGAUCACUGUAAUUCUAAAACAGAUUUUUAAGUAAACCAGCAAAUUUCUGGAAGAAGGCAUUUUAUCUAAAAUUAUUUUAACAUUAUGGUUUAGCAGUUACUUCAAAUUUAAGGAGUUGCUUUAACAGUUAUAAACAAUGACAUAUGCCCUCUCUCUAUCUCUAAUAUCUUGAAAUAGAAGCAAUUUAUUUUUAGCUUCUCCAGGUAUUAAUUUUUAAAUAGAGUGAACAUGUUCAAUUUAAAAUAUGAAUAACCACAGUCGUUUUCAGUUUGUGUUUUGCUUUGGUCGAACUUGGUGUAUGUUCAUCACCCAUCAGUUAUUUGUGAGGGUGUUUAUUCUAUAUGAAUAUCGUUUCAUGUUUGUAUGGGAAAAUUGUAGCUAAACAUUUCAUUGUCCCCAGUCUGCAAAAGAAGCACAAUUCUAUUGCUUUGUCUUGCUUAUAGUCAUUAAAUCAUUACUUUUACAUA